AUGUUGGCCGCUGAGACCGUUGACUUUUUCCGUGUUCAAUCAAUCUGCCUGAGAGCUAUUGGCAUUGCUCGAACCGAUUCGUUCCGUGGGAGAGUUCUGUUCGCGGUUAGUUUCUUCACCGUGCUUGUCAUGAUGCUGGGCACGGUGAUGUUUGCCUUCAAACACAUCGACCAAAUUAUGCUGCUAUGCGAUUGUCUGGGGCCCACCUUCACCGCCUACCUGGGGCUGGUGCGGCAGUACAAUCUACUCCUGCAUCGGUCCGAGCUGUGGAGUAUCGUGGACGAGUUUGCGGCAUUGAAGGAUUCGCUCCAGUCGAGCGAAAUCAGGAUCGUGCAAAAGUACAACCGCAUCGACCGGUUCCUCGCGUGGGCUUAUUUGAUUACGGCCAUGUCAACGGGAGUGCUAUUCGUGGGAGUAGCGCUAGUGCUGGUUUUCCUGUCGGAGAAAUCGGACUGGAAACUACCGCUGCUGAUGGACUUCCCAUUUGAUGUGAAACAUCCGGUGACCUUUACAAUUUUCUUUGUCUGGUGCAGUGUGGCCAUAUUUUGGGUCGUGCUGGAUUGUGUGGCGUGUGAUUCCACGUUCGGUACCUUUUCCUCCUGCCUGGUGGCCCACUUCGUCAUCAUCCAAGAGCGUUUCGAGGGGCUUCGCUUUGACGAUGGUAACCGGGAGCUGAAGAAACUCAUCGAACACCACAAGUACAUACUACGUAUCUCCGAUCGUGUCAUCAAUGCGUACAAAAAUGUCAUUCUGAAUCAAUUGCUCAUCUCAUCGGUACUGCUCUGUAUGCUUGCCUUUCAGCUAGUCAUAUCGGUGGGUACGAACAUUAUGGUGGUAUAUGUGGCGUACGGGAUGGCCAUUACCAUACAGGUUACCUACUACUGCUACUAUGGAUCACAGCUCUACUACGAGAGUACACAGGUGCAUGAUGCUGUCUUCAAAAGCAAAUGGUAUGAUGCGAGUGUUGCCACCCAAAAAAUGUUGAUCAACUGUAUGAUGAGAGCGAUGAAACCGGUGAACGCAAAGUCGGGCUUUACGCAAGCAUCUUUGCCCACGCUGAAUGUGAUUUUAAAUUCAGCUGGAUCGUACGUAGCUCUACUGAUGUCUCUAAUGGAGUAAAAGAUUGUUUCAAUUAUUAAAGCAAAAACAACACUUAAUAAUCUUAAACGUGAAAUAGAUGAU